ACACAGACACACACCUCGCAAUACUCCCCCACGCAUGGACGAACUCAAACGCUCCUAUCUCAUGCCAUCCACCGGUAUGUCUUAGACCCGGCCAACCUGCCCCCACUCCUCCGCGCCGUGCGGGGCGCCCUCUUUCCUAACAACAUGCCCGCUGGCAAGCCGACGUUGGUGGCUCCCACUUCCGACGCCGAGCUUCGCGCCCUCAGGCGAAGGUGCGCUAGCGCGCUUUGGGCGCUUGUUCCGAAAGGGUUGGGAAGGCUGUACUUUGGCGGCGGCCUGCUCCGAGCUAGUCCCGUUUCGAGAGCGAGGCAUGACGGAAUUGAAGGAUCUGCAGAGCUGAAGACGGCGGGCAAGAGCGAGCGCCACAGCGACAGGGGCCGGGGCCCGCCGUCAAAGGAAAAAGCAAGCGAAGUCGAAAUGGUGCCGCCUCUGUCGCCAGCACGAGGACAGGAACGGUUAAGAUCAGGAUCCCGGUCCCGGCGGUCCGCUCCCGUUCCGAGGCCGAAGACCGGCGGUCAGGGUCUUGCUGCCAACGUUAGCGUUAGCGCUGAUCCACCGAUAACACCAGCAACGGUGGUUCCGUCGUCGUCGUCAGAAACCGCUAGUGCGGGUGAGGAAGUUGAUGGCGGUAUGGCGUCGACGCGGCUGACCCAGCAAGACGAGAACGGAUGGCAUCCGGAUUGGGAUCGAGAGGCUAACCCUGACGACGACGACGACGACGACGAAGGAAUCCUCGAGGAGAUUGAGCGGGGCAUCUUGGACGUGUUUUCGAAUUCUUACUGUAACAAGCAUCUUGUGUAUGGCAUGUUGGAGCUCGUUCUCGUCAGGUUACUGCCUGAGCUGACCGAGAAGGGUGUGCUCGAGCUUUGGACGGAGAGGAUACCCAUAGAUGGGUGAGGUGAUAUUCGUCGUACAUGGAGAUUUCCCGUAGAAAUGCAUCAUAUCAGACCUCAAAAGGGGGACCGAGUUGUCUUUUCAAAAUGCAGAAGGCCGCCUAGAUUCAUUACUGAUUUGCCAGAGUAC